AUGACGGACAUUCCGCCUCCUCUGCCGCCAAGGUUGGGGCCUGGCCUCCAAGAUGCAAGUCGGUCUGCUGCGCCCGACCACCUAAACGCGACUUUGCCAAGGUCAUCGAGCUGCUCGGACGUCGACGACAUGGAUUCUGACGGCGGAUAUACCGAGGUCACAAGUCGUCGGUUGAAGAGGAAACUUCGUAGGACAUCAAGCGUGAGUGAGCUGAACUACCAUAAGCCACCCACACAGCAAGCGUACACAAUCGCCUACGUCCCCGUCACUGCUACAGGCAACCUCAAUUCCCUCAAUAGGCAAACUCUCACUGCCUAUCUCGAGAGGCUGGCUCCAGGGCAAAUCAGAGAGGUCCGAAUUAAUCCCAGAAGAAACAUACUUACUGUUGAUGUAACUACACGAACCAUCGUCGACACUUUGAAAGCUAUAACUGAGCUAGGAAAUAUACUUGUCCGCUCAUUCAUCGUACAUGGAGGCAGCACCACAGCCGGUGUUAUCUACGAUGUCGAUACAGAUAUCGAUAAUGACGAUCUCGCAACGCUAAUCUCCUCGACUGUCCAUAUCACAGAUAUACACCGUUUGGGACGGUCGAGGUGCAUAAAACUUAUUUUUGAGGGAGAGACCUUACCAACACAUGUAAAAGUGGGUUAUGUGCGACAUCCUGUCCGUCCGUACAUCCCUAGGCCCUUGCAGUGCCGUAAAUGCCAGAAAAUCGGGCAUGUCAGUGCUGUGUGCAUGAACAAGAUGACAUGUCCGCGUUGUGGCGGUGAUCACGAUGAGCUGACGUGUGCUGACUCUGACUUGAAGUGCCCUAACUGCGAUGGGCCGCACAAGGCAACGUCGAAGGACUGUCCAAAAUUAAAGACUGAAAGGUCUGUGCUAAGGAAAAUGGUACGAGAUCGAUCUACCCACAGAGAAGCGGCUACCAAGGUCCACCGUCGCCAGAGGCGCUCACGUAAUCGCAGAAGGAGAUCAGCAUCGACCAGAAGACGAUCAGCAUCGACAACAGGACAACCUGUACUCCAGGAAACGUCGUCGCGCGCUCCUGCUUGUCCUCAAACGUCAGAGCCACCUUUAACCACGUCUACUCUCCUGAACACCAAGGACACUACUAUAUGGCCUUCCCUGCCAUCUAGGAGAACAGAAGUGCAGCCGGAACGCCAGCGUGACCAUGAACCUUCACCGUCGGAUGGGCAAAUCAAGGCAAUGCUUGCACAGAUGAUUCGUUCCUUGCGAAUGCUGCUCAUCGGAGUUCAGACGCCCGUUGCCAAGGCUGCGGUGCAAAUUCUUGAGGCACUAGAACCAGUGCUUGCUGCUGUAUAAAAGCUAGCAAACGCCAUGGCAUCAUCAACUUCGCGGUUGUCACUACAGGAAAGGAUAAGCGGUUCCGUAAUAUUCCAGUGGAACGCACGAGGUCUACGGGGUCGCCUGGGAGAUUUUAAACAGAGAGUGCUCAAGCAUCGGUUUCCAGUUAUCGUAAUAUGCGAGCCGAAUAUGACAUCGCCAUUUAGACUCUCUGGAUACGAACAAUUCGCGUCUGUAACAAGUGGAAAUACUAGCAAAGUUUUACUAUG